AGUGAAUUGCAACGUUUGUUUAAUACCUACCAACAAAUAUAAAUAACAAUAAAAGUGAUUAUCAAAAGUGUUUGGACAGUUUCUAAUCCCAGUUAUUAAGUUAAUCUACGUUUUCCUUAAUUCUAUGUCGCUGUGAGAAGUUUUAUUUGAUGAGCAUUUUCCUAGCAGAUUUUUAUCACUUUAAUGACAAAACUCAGAAACGUUAUCCUUCUCAAGAAUGUAUCUUUCGUAAAAGAUAAGGGUUAAUGACUGUAAAACAUUUGUUAGAGCAAUCGUCAAUACAAAUAAGAAAAAGUGUGCAACCUUCACGUACUGACGCAUAAUUAAAAUAUUACAGUGAUAUCUAAAGAUACCGGUGGUGAAGUGGACGCUAAAUGCUGUUUACUGACAAUAAUAACGUAGUGCAUUAUCUGCAGUUUCAGUCAAUGUUACUGAAUAACUGACUGAAUACCGGAAAAUUAAAAAAACUCAAAUCAUUUCCCUGUGAGCUACUUCUAGUUUAUAAACAUGGGUGAAAAAGAAAAAAAUAAAGACAUUGAAGAAUACAACCCCUUUGAACAUCGACAGGUUGUAAAACCGAAUUCAGACCUCAGAUCUUUGGCCAAUCUUAUAAAGUCUUCUUUGGGGUCAGGACUGCUUGCUAUGCCUUUAGCAUUCUCAAAUGCCGGUUGGGGAGUCGGCAUUGUAGGCACUGUGAUAGUGGCAUUUAUCUGUGGCCACUGCGUUCAUAUAUUUGUACAAACAUCCCGAGGGUGCUGUCGAUUGGAAAGGAAGCCGUUACUAAGUUACUCAGAAACUUGUCGAUCAGCAUUUGCAAAUGGACCCAAAUGCGUCAGACCGCUGGCUAACUUCGCACAUUUAUUUGCGGAAUUUUCCUUGUGUUUCACGUACCUCGGCGUGUGUUGUAUAUUUACUGUGCUAAUAGCAACUUCAAUUAAGCAGUUAUUCGAUACUUAUUUGACAACGACGGACAUUCCAGUGGAGCAAUAUUGCCUAAUCUUACUGGCGCCACUUUGCCUUCUCUGUCAGAUCAGGCACUUGAAGUGGCUCGCACCAUUCUCGUUACUUGCCAACAUCCUACUGUUCGCGACCUUCGCAAUAUGUAUUUAUUACAUAUUCAGGGAACCACUGACGAUCAGCGACAAAAGGAUUGUUGGAGAUUUGUCAAGACUCCCUGCGUUUUUAUCAACCGUGAUCUUCGCGAUGGAAGGCAUAGGAGUUGUAAUGCCAGUGGAGAACACGAUGAAGAAGCCCCAACAUUUUCUCGGGUGCCCAAGUGUAAUGGUGAUUGCAAUGUCUUUGGUGAUGUGCUUCUAUACAAUUUUGGGAGUCUUCGGAUACUUACGAUAUGGAGAGGCCCUCAAAGGAACUAUUACGUUAAACCUCCCGAUGGAUGAUUGGCCAGCAAUCUGUGCGAAAGCUUUCAUUUCGGUGACAAUCUUCUUGACGUAUCCCCUACAUUUCUUCGUUGUGAUUGACAUAUUCACAAAAUACGUCCAACCACGUGUACAGGAAAAGUAUCACAACGUAAUGCAAAUCUCUGCUCGAAUCCUUAUCGUCUGCUUUUGUGGUGGCGUUGGUAUCGCGCUUCCAUUCUUGGAGCAGAUCAUCAACCUAGUCGGCGCUUUGUUCUACUCCAUCCUUGGUCUUAUCAUCCCAGGCAUCAUUGAGACUGUCUUUCGCUGGGAAGACCUUGGCAGAUUCAAUUGGAUUCUAUACAAAAACAUUAUCAUCGUCUUCUGUGGCAUGUUCAGUCUCGUCUCAGGAUGUACUGUUACUAUCUCUGAUACUAUAGAAAUGAUCCAUCAGAAGACAGAAUAAGUAAAGACUAUUGAAUACAGUAUUUUUUAGUUAAAUAAGUAAGAUUAUCUGUGAUUAGUUUAGAUAAUUUAUGUAAUGUAAGCUAGUUAAUGUAACAAAUAAAUUAUUUCAUACU